AUGGGAAAGGAAAAGAUUCAUAUCAACAUCGUCGUCAUCGGACACGUCGACUCUGGAAAGUCCACCACCACCGGACACUUGAUCUACAAGUGCGGAGGAAUCGACAAGAGAACCAUCGAGAAGUUCGAGAAGGAGGCUCAGGAGGUAAAUUGAUUUUAUAAGUUCAGCAUCAGAUUAUGAUUUGUCUUCCAGAUGGGUAAGGGAUCUUUCAAGUACGCUUGGGUCCUCGACAAGCUGAAGGCCGAGCGUGAACGUGGUAUCACCAUCGAUAUCGCUCUCUGGAAGUUCGAGACCGCCAAGUACUACAUCACCAUCAUUGAUGCCCCAGGACAUCGUGAUUUCAUCAAGAACAUGAUCACCGGUAAGAAAUUAGUUAGGUGUUCAUUUAGCAAGUUUUGUUUUCCAGGAACCUCCCAGGCUGAUUGCGCCGUCUUGGUCGUCGCUUGCGGAACCGGAGAAUUCGAGGCUGGAAUCUCCAAGAACGGACAGACCCGCGAGCACGCUCUUCUUGCCCAGACCCUUGGAGUCAAGCAGCUCAUCGUUGCCUGCAACAAGAUGGACUCUACCGAGCCACCAUUCUCUGAGUCCCGCUUCACUGAGAUCACCAAUGAGGUCUCUGGAUUCAUCAAGAAGAUCGGAUACAACCCGAAGGCCGUUCCGUUCGUCCCAAUCUCUGGAUUCAACGGAGACAACAUGCUUGAGCCAUCCAGCAACAUGCCAUGGUUCAAGGGGUGGGCUGUUGAGCGCAAGGAAGGAAACGCCAGCGGAAAGACCCUCCUCGAGGCUCUUGACUCCAUCAUCCCACCACAGCGCCCGACCGACAGGCCGCUCCGUCUCCCACUCCAGGAUGUGUACAAGAUCGGAGGAAUUGGAACUGUCCCAGUCGGACGUGUCGAGACCGGAAUCAUCAAGCCAGGAAUGGUCGUCACCUUCGCCCCACAGAACGUGACCACUGAAGUCAAGUCCGUCGAGAUGCACCACGAGUCCCUCCCAGAGGCCAUGCCAGGAGACAACGUCGGAUUCAACGUCAAGAACGUUUCCGUCAAGGACAUCCGUCGUGGAUCCGUCUGCUCUGACUCCAAGCAGGACCCAGCCAAGGAGGCCCGCACCUUCCACGCUCAGGUCAUCAUCAUGAACCACCCAGGACAGAUCGCCGCUGGAUACACUCCAGUUCUUGAUUGCCACACCGCUCACAUCGCCUGCAAGUUCAACGAGCUUAAGGAGAAGGUGCAUUUGAAAAAAAAACAAUUAAAUUUUCUAAUGUUCUUUUUUCAGGUUGACCGUCGUACUGGUAAGAAGGUUGAGGACUUCCCGAAGUUCCUCAAGUCCGGAGAUGCCGGAAUCGUUGAGCUGAUCCCAACCAAGCCACUCUGCGUCGAGUCCUUCACCGACUACGCCCCACUCGGACGUUUCGCUGUGCGUGACAUGAGGCAGACGGUCGCCGUCGGAGUCAUCAAGUCGGUCGAGAAGUCCGAUGGAUCAUCCGGAAAGGUCACCAAGUCCGCCCAGAAGGCCGGAGCCCCAGCCGGAAAGAAGAAGUAA